AUGCUUCAAUCAAAGUUUCCUUCGUCUCUGACGUCUUUAUUCCUCGUCAAGGUUGUUCUAGCCAUCGUUUUUAUUUUGAUUGCGUUUCACUCUUUAUAUGUCUAUUCCGAGUUAAGAACGGCAACGCGAAUCAACCACAUCUCAUCACCCGCUUUGCGGGCUCCCAGAGGCGGACGAUGUCUCCCACAGUAUUCACCAAGUCUUUUGAAGAAACUGGAGUCUCUGAAGUCUUCAUGCCAACCACCACCAGCCCAAACUUCUCAAUGGCGGGUAACCACCGUAACAGCUCACUUUGGUAAACUUGAGAAGCACUACCAAAACGCCCUGCAGACACACGUCCUGCAUACUAUGCUCCACCGCACGAAACUCGAAGUUAUGUGCGCGCCCGUAAUUGACGACCUCUGGAACAAGCCUGCUUUCAUACUGUCCCUUCUUCUCGACGAAAUGCUCAAGAGACCAGAGGACCGAACGGACUGGAUCUUCUGGGUCGACCGCGAUACUCUGAUUCUCGACGAAUGCCGACCUGCGUCUAGCUUUCUGCCACCAUAUACUGUCGACGCUGAUGGCGAGGCUUCGAAGCAAAUAAAGGACAAUGAUGUACAGCUUCUUGUCACGGAUGACUGGAACGGAUUGAACAAUGGGGUUUUUCUGCUUCGCGUUGGUCGGUGGGCCGUCGAGCUUUUCAGCGCAAUAGUCGCCUUCCGGCACUACAGGCCUGACGUUAAACUACCGUUUACCGAGCAGAGUGCCAUGGAGAUCCUAAUCAAAGAGCCGAAAUUCAAAGACGCCGUGCAAUUUGUUCCUCAACACUGGUUCAACACCUAUCCUGGCGGCAACGCAACUCGAUUCCUAGAAAGAAACGACGAAGAAGGCCUGGCCGACUACCAAGCUAGACGAGGAGACUUUUUGGUUCACUUUGCGGGGGUACCAGCGAAAGAUAAGAGCAUAGACGACUGGGUGGAUAUUUUGGGUGGGAUGCCGGAUGUGUGGGAUGCCGAAAAAGUACAACGGAACACAACGACAGAUGUUGAAGCGUUCUGGGCGAAAAUAAAUCCUCCCGAUACUUUGCCUCUGUAG